AUGCCCAAAUUAGUGCUGAUAAAUCGCUUUAAAGUGGCGGGGGCGUCAAAUAGCAAUGGAAAAGGGGGACGACAAGCUGCCCCGGUCGACGUGGGGUCUCCCCUGCUCGAUUGGGAAGAGGGUGACCAUUUCAGUUUUGAGGACUCGGAACGAUUCGAGGGUGAUUCGUUGUGCAGUUGGAGCUCGGAGCCUGAGAGCCUGUGCAACAACUGGCGAGGAUGGAGAAGGCCGAAUCUACAGAACUCAUUCGGCAACCGAUCCGCGAAAAAGUCCGUUCAAGAGAAGACCGUAUCGAGUCUAAGCGAGUUAGCAGCAAAGUGCGUCGCCUGCCACAUACCCUUCGAACUAGUUGAACAUGUGUACCCACCCGUUCCGGAACAGCUACAGCUACAGAUUGCUUUCUGGAGCUUCCCGGACAGCGAAGAUGACAUCAGACUGUAUUCAUGUCUGGCAAACGGGUCUGCGGAUGAGUUCCAACGGGGCGAGCACUUGUUUAGAGAUAGAGCCGUUAAGGAUGUACUACAGAUUGGUUUCCACUUGUCAGCCACAGUGUCGUUCAACAUGCCUCGAGCUCAGUUCAAUGUGGCAGUAACAUUCGACAGACAGCGAAUAUCGUCAUGCAACUGUACAUGCUCGUCCACAGCACACUGGUGCUCGCAUAUCGUCGCCGUGUGCCUCUACAGGAUACAUUUGCCAACACAAGUAUGCUUGCGAGCGCCCGUAUCAGAGUCCCUCCAAAGGCUCCGACGCGACCAGCUACAGAAGUUUGCACAAUACCUUAUAUCGGAGCUACCUCGACAAGUGCUACCCACGGCUCAACGUAUACUGGACGAGCUGCUAUCCGCGCAGCCGAACCAGAUUAACACGACCUGUGGAGCGCCGGAUCCGACCGCGGGGGCGUCGGCGUAUGAGUAUACGUCGUGGUUCCUUGAUGAGAAGACCUUGCACAACAAUAUCAAUAAGAUUUUAGUCAAGUUCUGUGUUCCUGCUCCUAUAGUCUUUAGUGACGUAAACUACCUAAGCACAAGCGCGCCACCGGCCGCGGCGGAAUGGUCGUCCCUUCUCCGGCCCCUGCGAGGCCGAGAGCCCGAAGGCAUGUGGAACCUCUUGUCCAUAGUGCGAGAGAUGUUCAAACGAAGUGACAGAAACGCUAUACCGCUUCUAGAGAUCAUUACUGAGGAGGUUAUGGCGUGUGAACAGAUAAUAGUGUGGUGGUACAGUACUAAAGCAGCGCUGGUGGCUUGGGGCGGCGGCGGCAAGCACGGCGGUAGCGGCAACUCCGCCGCGCAGCACGCCUGCUCGUCCUUAUGCGAUGAGGUUGUGGUACUUUGGCGUCUGGCCGCCCUGAAUCCCGGUCUGGCUCCCCAUGAACGCGACACUUUGCACGAGCAGUUCACUCAGUGGCACAUGAAGGUGUUAGAUAAGGUCGCCAAAAACCGCAACAACCACAUGGGCUCAUCCCACACCCGCCACACGAGGACCCAUUCCCAUCCCCCCUACAUCAACGGGAUAUCAGAAAACGAAGUGUUCCCAGGCUUCCAACCCGCUAUGGAGGCCUGCUAUCUGGAGUGGGACGACUACCAGAUACCCGGAGUGACUUACACCAAGGACCUGAACCCGCUGUACCACAGUCCGUUCACUAUAUUCAGGCAUGCUGAUAAACAGGCUGAUGUGCAUCAGGCCUGCUACCUGGAGUGGGACGACUACCAGAUACCCGGAGUCACUUACACCAAGGACCUGAACCCGCUGUACCACAGUAAGUCAACUGCGCCCUACAUCAACGGGAUAUCCGAGAACGAAGUGUUCCCAGGCUUCCAACCCGCUAUGGAGGCCUGCUAUCUGGAGUGGGACGACUACCAGAUACCCGGAGUGACUUACACCAAGGACCUGAACCUGCUGUACCACAGUCCGUUCACUAUAUUCAGGCAUGCUGAUAAACAGGCUGAUGUGCAUCAGGUGAAUUCAUCAAAAGCAGUAUUAAACAACGAAAUGUCUUUGAGCUAUCGCCUCACCAACCCAGACCCUCACCGCACUUUGGUGCAUCGGACCAGAAUUAACGUGGAUUUGGCCAUCCCAGGACCUUCAGGACAACAACCUUGUGGAUCUGGUGAAGGCAGCAGUGAGCAACCUGGACCCAGUGACGGAAACCAUUCCAGUGUUUCAUCAGAAGGUUUCUGCGAGAACGAGGAAGAGAUCCUAGUGGCCAGCGGCGUUGACACGGACUCGCAAGAGUCCAGCUCACCCGCCGUAUCAUCCGAUGACGCGGCCCGACGCAUAUCCAACGAUGAUUCCGUCUCAGAUGAUGAUUGCAAUCUAUACUUUUAUGAUACUGCGGCCGCUAGGCGCGCCGUAGCUGGCGAGGGCACCAGCGGCACUGCCGUGGCGUGCUCGGACGGGGUGGCGCCACUGGCGGGCUGGGAGUGCGGCUGGGAGGUGUCGUUCGCGCGCGCGGAGGGGCUGCAGGCGCACGGCCACGCGCGCCUCGCCUGCGCGCUCGGCGCGCGCCUCGCCCGAGACCUGCUCGCCCGCCCGCCCGCACUAGGUUCAAACACGGGCGGUGCCAACAGCCACGACAUGAGGAAAGCGCGGCGCCGCCACAUGCCGUCCCCGCGGCUUUGCGCGGCCAGCCACAGGCUGUCCUGCCUCGCGUCGGCCACGCUGGCAAAAUGCGCGUUCUUGUGCACCGUCCUAGCAGAAUUCAGCGAGCACCACGAGCUAGCAUUCCGCGUGGGUCUGUUUGCCCUAGAAAUGGCGAGACCCCCGGCCAGCACUAAAGCCCUAGAAGUCAAACUCAACAACCAGGAGACUGAGCUAGUGGCGCUGCUGAAGAAACUGCCGACUGGGCCUGACCAGCUAGCCUUGGCUAGGGAGAAGGCUGAGCAACUCCGUGACGGCACGCUGAGAAAUAGAGGACCCGCGCUGCUACCUAUCGCGUUAGCAAGUUUCCUGUUCGAGGUCUUAGCUUUAUCUGCGACUGACAAGGAAAACAAGCACCCAGCGAGACAACCUUCAGACGAAGCCCUCGGCUUCGAGGCAGCAGUGGCCGCUCUCGGCCUGAAGGCGAAUGUGUCCGAAGCCGAACACCCUUUACUGUGCGAAGGCACGAGACGCCAGCGCGGGGAACUGGCGCUAACCCUGCUGGCUUUCUACAAGGACGACUCGGUCAAGCUGGCCAGGAUCAUGAAUAAGCUGCUGGACCGCGACAUCCACCAGCUGACGAAGGGCCCGAUGGUGAGCGUGUACUACACCAACAACCCGCGCCUCGCGGCGCACCGCGAGCACGCGCCGCCCGCGCACGCGCACGUAACCGCGGCCAUGCCGCCGCCGCCGUUCAAUCAAUUGAGAAAGAUGACGUACUCGUACGCGCCGCUACAGCAGGUGCAGUGUCAGCUAGUGGCCGACAUGGAGCGCCUCGUGGUGUCGGAAGGCGGCGCGAGUCCGCCCGCGCACGCGCCGCCGCACCAGCCGCCGCCGCACCAGACGCUCGCACGACCGAAGGACUCGAGAUACAAAGGCAAAAGGGUGUACCCGUCAGUGCCUAACCAGCCCUCGGAGGCGUCAGCACACUUCAUGUUCGAGUUGGCCAAGUCCGUGCUCUUCAAGGCUGGAGGCUCCUCUUCUACCAGCCUCUUUACGCAGACCUCCUGUGCGAGAGAACACCACGGGCCACACCGAGGUUUGCACAUGGCGGCGUUCCAACUCGGUCUUUACGCGCUAGGGCUUCAUAACUGCGUGAGCGCCAACUGGCUCAGCCGCACCUACUCCUCGCAUGUCAGCUGGAUCACAGGUCAAGCAAUGGACAUCGGAGCGCCCGCGAUUCUAUUCUUGAUUGACGCUUGGGAGGGACAUUUGACGCCGCCCGAAGCUGCGGGUAUUGCUGAUAAGGCAUCGUCAGGCCGAGACGUGCACACAGUCCGCGCCGCAGCGGAACUAGCUCUGUCCGUGUUGCCGCACGCACACGCGCUCAACUAUAACGAGAUACAACGCGCCGUGUUGCAAUGUAAAGAACAGAGCGACGCCAUGUUGGAACGGGCUUGUUUGACCGUCGAGGCGGCCGCUAAAGGCGGCGGAGUGUACCCCGAAGUCCUAUACACCGUGGCCCGCUACUGGCACGAGCUGUACCUGCGGCAAGCGAACGAGGACACGGAACCGCUACUGGAGGAGCCGCAGUACCGCGCCGUGCCGCCCGUGCACGUGCCCGUGCCCUACCCGCUGCCCUACCCCUUCACCUACCACCCCUACCCGCCCAUCUACCAGCUGCAGUACGGCGGCGCGCCACCGCCACAUGCCGUGAGCGGCCAGUACGCGCUGCCUCCAUACUUCGUGCGCGGCCUCGUCCCGCACGCGCCGCUCGCGCCGCUGCCGACGCAGAUGCCGACCCAGCUACCGGCGCACGCACCGCACGCGUCGCACCAGCCGCAUGCGCAGUUACCACAACACGCGCAGUUACCGCAGCACCCCCCGCCGCUGCCGGUUAAUGUCACCCACGGCGCCCCCAUCCCCCCUCCGCUACCCUCAAUACCCGGCGUAGCGGGCGUCGGCCCCGUAGCGGGGCACGGCGUAGCGGCGCCUCUACCCGCGCCCGUAGCGCCGCCGCUGCCUCAAGCGCAGCUACGCCGCUUGCUCGCCGCCUACCGCGUCGGCAUGCUGGCGUUAGAGACGCAGGCGAGGCGGGUGCAUGACGAUCGUCCGCAGAACAAGUUCGGCAGGAACCCACCGUACGGCGAGCACGUGAAAUGGCUCCUGCGCAUCUCGAAACGCCUCGGCGCGCAGUACCUGCACCAGUUCUGCGUGUGCGCAGUGAACUCGGUCGUGUCGCCGUUCGUGCUGUACGAGCUGUGCGUGGAGUCCGCGCACUGGCUGGCGCGCGGCGGGCCGCACCACCUGCUCAUGCAGCACCUGCGCGGCACGCUCGCGCCGCUCGUGCAGAAGUGUCAGCAGAUGUACAUCCAGUGCAUACACCAGAAGCUGUACCACCUGACGCCGGUUGAGUACGAGGAGUUCGUGAGCAUCGUGCUGUCGGCGCGCACCGCCUUCCAGCUCACGCCCGAGGGCAACACGCAGUUCAAGGAGUGGCUCGCCUCGCUGCGGAGAUCCAAAUCGUGCAAGAAGGACCUCUGGACCCAACUGAACGCCGCCCUCCAGACGAACGGCAAAUGACGCCGGCAGCCGAUAGUUUGUCUGGUGCGGUAUACCGCGCGCAAACUGUCACAAUACAGGCGAUGGCCGCGAUACCGGCUCCUCUAUCAAUUGCACACUCUCUAAUAUUACACCUUGUGUUAUUUGUAAUAGAGUCGUUUCUCGCUCACCGAUCGUCGCUUAUUUGUGAGUUUUCUAUGACAGUUCGGCACAUUUGUAAUCGAUAAGAGUUAGGUAACCGCUAGGGUUUUUUAUUCGUUUUGUGUACGUUGUGCUACGUCCCCAUGCAGA